AUGGAUAUUGACCCCAUCUCCGCCUAUUACGGCUCUAACCCAGGGGAAGGUGAGGGAAGAAGGAGCGAGGAGCCAACGAGCCAGGAGGAAGGAGAUGAACCAGAGAGAACGCCGGCAGCGGAGCCUAUCCCUCAAGAAAGGGCGAGGGAAGAGAUAGAUCUGAAUGAAACGGCCAGAAAGCAAGGCCUUAUGACGGAUCAGGAGUUUGAGGCGUUAUUGACGGAGGUAACCCGUGAGGAAGAAGAAGAUGCAUCGGAGGCAGUAAGAGAGGGUGGAGAAGCUAGUACAAGGAACGACCCAGAAGGCCCAUCAGCCAAAAGAAGAGGUGGAGGAGAGGCAAACCGGAGAACGAGUACCACAGAGGAGACCGUGGUACGAACAGAGGAGCCUGAACCAGUGGCACCUCCAGUGUUGAAACCGAAAGCAGUCAAAAGGAAAUUGGUGUUGAGGGACAAUCCCAAGGCAGUACGACCAAAGCUGAAGAGAGUAUCGCAGAGAUGCCUAGGAAAAUGGACAUCCAGCAAGACGAAGGCGAACACAGCAGCAGAUCCAGUUGAAGUUUUAAGUGACGAAGAAAGGGUGACUCCCACAAAACCUGGGGAGGAAUCUUUUCCAGCUACUAACUUGGAAGAUGCAUCGACUGCAGCUGAAGUGGUCUCCACAACGCUGAGUGACCAGAGAGAUGAGACUGAGCAGAUGGCUGGGGGUCUGGACCUCGCAUCUGAGUCAGACAAGCCUUCAACACAAGCAGAGAGAAAAAGGAAAAGGAAAGCCCCUGUUAAGAGGAAGUCAAGUAGAAAAAAGCAACGCACAGGCAACAUAGGCAUCGUCAUCAUAGACCCAGAUCAGAGAACCCCACCGCAUCGUCAGGAGACAAACGACAACGACUAUACUGCUAGUGAAGAGUCGGAAUCCGAUAGUGACAUCUCUCCAGAGGAUGAAGAGUACGGAGCACAACAGCUUCCGCACAACCAUCGGGAGCUAAUACAUCCUUCGGUAGAGAGAUUGAAGUACCGGCAUUGGAAGGUGAAGCUCACUAACAAGCUGAUUGCAGACAUGAAGCACUUUAGCACGAAGGACAACAGCCGCAAGCAAUUCAAGGGCGGGUAG